AUGGCUCGUCCAACUAUUCAUAACACGGCUCAAGAAAGAAUUGAGGCACGAGAGAAGAACAAACACUAUUAUGCAAAACAUAGAGACGCAAUCUUACAACGGCGGAGGAUGCAUGGUGUCCAGAAACGUGACAAGGAAGAAGAGGCGAUAACAAAAGAGAUAUUGAGAGCUGUGGCAAAAUUGCAUGGCCGUGACGACAAUGAGUCUGAAUCAGACACUGAUAAUUCGAGCGACGAUGACAUACUAUCCGAUCUGCCAGCAUGCUUACACGCUAUCAAAAUUGCCAAGGACGACAUGCUUGUUUUGAUUGGUGCCGACCCCUGUGAGUUCGCCAAAGACAAGUUGGCCGAGUACGUCAAGAGCAUCCCAGACGAUUGCAGCGCUAAGGGUGAUAUUAGUAUCAUCACAAACUCAAUCAGUGAGAUCGAAAGUAUACUCAAGCGUGUCACUGCUGCGCAAGACAAAAUCCUAAAUUUCUGUGGUCUCUCACCUGACUCUGAGUGGCAUGCUGCUGACACAGUCUCUCAAUUCUUGAAGACUACAGUCGCAUAUUUGGAGGAUAUCCAGCUUCUUGAAAUGUCCGGAGGAGUUGUAGAGCUUACAAUAGCACAAUGGUUGGGAGAGCUGAUGUAUCAGAAGGGAAUCAAGAUUUGA